AUGACUGAUUUAGCGAAAGUAUUUAAUAUCUAUUCCACAGAAUCAAAUCCAGAUCAGCAAGAUGAUAAUCAAUCAUUUGGAGAAGUAAAACGAGCCAAUGCUAGUGUUAAUCAAGAUUUUUCAAAAAACUUUGUUAGAAUAACAAUAAAAGUUCCUAAAAUGAAAACCGGUCUCAAUUGGCGUAAACUCAUACGUGAACCAAACAAUGGGAUAGUAACACAAGCAACAUAUCAUGGAAAUCGACUGAAUUUUGAAUUCAUUCUCAAUCGAGGUAAAUCAAAUGAAACUACAUAUGAAUUUUCAACUCGAGAACCAUUGAAUGGUCCCAUAGAAUACAAUAAAAGCUUUUUAAAGUAUAAAGAUGAAUAUGUUGUUUGGUUUGUUCAUAAAUCUCAACCUUGGUAA